CUUUGUUUUCGUUUUUGAAGAGAAGUAGAACUAUAGUUGGUGUUCACAGAACUUCCUUUUAGGCUACAAUUCUUGGUCAUUGACAGGUGAGGAGCUUAGACAGACUGCCUGGAAGUAGAAUGUACAGAGCUCUUCUUGGUGUCGAAAUCCCAUUUACCUGCCCUUUACACUAGUCGAUCCUGUCUACAAGGCUCAUAUCGGAAAACAAUUCUCUACCAGGAAUAUACAAGUCGAUCGAGAUUUGUUUGAAAUUUUUGGAGGCUGCAUCACGAAGACUUGUCCCUACUGCUAGCUAGAGACUCCACUGCUCCCUCAAAGUCACUAUUGGCAAACGGCGUCUUCUCCUUGCCAUAUACUAAUGGCAUCCAACGGAGAUCGAGCGAUCCAAUUGAACAAGUUCCUUCGAUCCAUUGCAUUUGGGAAGUCCUCCAUCACUAAUGCUGAUCGUGCAAAGUUAUUUUUGGAAGCUCUAUGCGCACAAGAAGACCGUGUAACCUGUGUAGAGAGACUUUUUGCAAAGCAACUGUCUAUUGACGCACUUCGUCGAGCUCUGAGGCUCGACACGUCUGUAAACUACAUCAACCAAUCCAUUGCAGUAUUUCUUGGAUAUAUCUCUGACCCUGCCAUCAAGCAAAUUUCUAGCGGCCAGUUUCUUCAGGAUAUCCUUGUCAUCAUUGCUGAUCCUCCCACUCUUUGGAACGCCUUAGUUGUUUCACAUGAAAAUGGCUCUCUCAGUGAGAAUGCAACACAUGGUUUUGCUUGGCUCCUUUGGGAGCUUCUCUCGAUGCCUUCUAAUGACAACAUCGAAGUAAUGGAAACCGCGAAAUCUGUAACGAAUUCAAGAUCUCUUCUAGAAUCAUCAUCCCAUGAAACUCGCGUUCUCGGUUACAAAAUUCAGCACUUCUUAAAAGCUAAAGAAAGUAGCGCACAUUCCAACCCGGACAAUACUGGACCAGGAGGUCGACAUGACAACGACUUCGUUGACUACCGCGAGAUAGCAAUAUUUCCCACUGCAGACGAAUUCAUGUCGGACACGCAACCAUUCUACAGACCGGCCAAAGAAAUACCUCUAGCUGAGCCUGAAAAUCGCGUCGGAAUUCACCUGGAUAACCAGUUUCGCCUCCUUCGGGAAGACAUGCUUGCUGAGCUGAGGGACGAUGUUCGCAUCGCGACUGGAAAGAAGAAAGGGAGACGAUCUCCCGUCAUCCUUGAGAGCCUCAGUCUUGCUGGAAGUGAAUGUGGUGAGCCGAAGAAAUGGAAGCAAUGUGCUUUGAAGCUACACUGCGGGGUUGGCAUGGAAAAGUUUGAAAAGAUGUCUGCUUUGGAAAGAAAGACUUACCUCAAAAACAACCCACGAUCCCUCAAACAUCAAUCGUUCGGCUGUUUAUUACAAGGAGACCAGAUCGUUGCUUUCGCCAUCCUGGAUAGAGAUGAAGCUGGAUUGCUUGAAGAUCCUCCGGCUAUCACCUUGAAGAUAUGCGGAGACGAUGCUUUCAAAACCCUUUUAUUGGCUUUAAAGGGAGCAACGCCAGUUGACUAUAUCCAAGUUGACACUCCGUUCUUUGCCUAUGAGCCUGUGCUGCGAUGUCUGCAGGAUAUGAAAGAUAUUCCACUCGCGCAAUUUCUCCUAGGGACAGUUCCAGACGAGGCAUCUCAGACUACCUUAGCCGUUGACAGCGCAUUUGUUAACGAGCUGCGAGUUAAGGGCAGUUCGGUCAUCCAACGCCUGCUUAAAACAGACCAACCUAUCGAUCUCGAUCAAUCUCAGAUGGAUUCUCUCAUCGCUGGACUGGGACAGUCUGUGAGUCUGAUACAAGGACCGCCAGGAACGGGCAAGUCUUUUAUUGGUGCUUUGAUCGCAAAAGCGUUGUACGAGCACACAAGUGAGACUAUUCUUGUUCUAAGUUAUACCAAUCAUGCACUAGAUCAGUUUCUUGAGGACCUUCUUGACAAUGGGAUUCCACCGCAGAGUGUCGUUCGACUUGGAUCGAAAUCUACACCACGAACCGCGCCCUUGAACUUGUUCGAGAGACAAAAAACUGGUGGCUAUAAUAAAUCUCGCGCCGGGUGGGAGAUAGUCAACAACUUAGAAAAACUCGUCGAGGACUACCGGACUGAGCUGUCAGUUGAGCUCAAGUCUUAUUCCCAGACUGGAGUAUCGUGGAAGGACAUACUUGCUUAUCUUGAAUUCAGCGAUGAUGAUGAUCAUUUUUACCCAGCACUACUUGUACCUGACGAGGAAGAUGGAAUGACGCGCGUUGGCAAGGGUGGAAAGGAAAUCAAACCAGAUUACCUCUAUGACAGAUGGUCGCGAGGUGAGGAUGCUGGUAUUUUCAAAAAGCAAAUUGCAGAACAUAAUGAAGUUUGGGCCAUGGACGCGACUUCUAGACUGGAACGUUUGAAACGUUGGAGUACCGCUCUGCUAGACGAACAAGCGUCCAAAGUCGCCACUCUACUUUCACGAUAUAACAGAUAUCAGCAGCGUUUAGCACAGGCCCUAGGCGAGAGGACAGCACAGACUCUUAAUAGCAUGAGAGUCAUUGGUUGCACCACAACAGCUGCCGCUAAGUAUGCUUCUGAUCUUCGCAAUGCCGCACCAGGAGUUGUCCUGGUUGAGGAAGCUGGCGAAAUUCUGGAAAGCCACGUUCUGACUGCACUGUCGCCUAAUACUAAGCAGCUCAUUCUCAUCGGAGAUCACAAACAGUUGCGUCCAAAGUAUAGCAAUUACGCAAUCAGUGUCGAAAAAGGCGAUGGAUAUGACCUCAAUCGUUCCAUGUUUGAACGGCUUGUGCUCGCAAAUUAUACCCAUACCACGUUGUCUAAGCAACACCGCAUGUGUCCGGAAAUCUCAUCUUUAGUCAGGCACUUAACAUACCCUAGCCUUCAAGAUGCUGAUAAGACACUGAAUCGGGCACCGGUGCGUGGGAUCCGAGACCGAGUAGUCUUCUUCAACCACGUGUAUCCAGAGGUUGAUGCUCAAGAGAUUGCAGACCGUCGAGACCCUGAAUCGAAGACUAGCAAGAGUAAUUCAUUCGAGGUUGACCUUGUGUUGAAAUGCGUCCGCUAUCUUGGGCAACAAGGAUACGGGACUGACAAGCUUGUCAUACUUACUCCAUAUCUCGGGCAGCUACGCCUCCUUCGUGAUCAACUUAUGGUAGAGAACGAUCCGGUUCUCAACGAUCUCGAUUCUUUCGAUCUUGUUCAAGCAGGUUUACUUUCGGAGGUCAGCGCAAAUAUCAACAAACGCCCUAUCAAAAUCUCCACGAUCGAUAACUACCAGGGUGAAGAGAGUGAAAUUGUCAUUGUAUCUCUCACGCGUAGCAACAAAAAAGGCGACAUUGGGUUCAUGUUUUCGCCUGAGCGACUUAAUGUCCUGCUUUCUCGAGCCCGUGACGGACUCAUCAUGAUUGGCAAUGCACAAACCUUCCUCAAGAGUCGCAAUGCAGAUCAAGCAUGGUCGCCGUUCCUGCACUUCAUGAAGGAGAACGGCCAUCUAUAUGACGGUCUUCCAGUCCAGUGCCAGCAGCAUCCGCACAAGAAAGUCCUUUUGAAGACAGCUCGAGAUUUUGACAUUGAAUGUCCUGAUGGCGGAUGUUCGGAGCCAUGCGGAACACAAUUAAGCUGUGGCACUCAUUACUGCCCUUCUAAAUGCCAUCAACUGUAUGAUCACUCCAAGAUGGAAUGCCAGGCAUUGGUUCAGUUUGUCUGUUCACAGAAGCAUAGAUCCCAGCGCCCUUGCUCAAAGUCUCAGGCGGCUUGCGCGAUUUGUGCAGAGGAAGAUCGACAGAGAGAACGAAUUCGAAAUCGAAAUGCACAACUCGAUGCCGAACGUGACAGCAAUAUGGCUGCUUAUGCACGACAGCUUGCGGAAAGUCAAGCUGAGAUUGAUCACCAGAAACGCAUUCUAAAAGAUCACCGUGAGGCUGAAGACUCGGCCAGGGUACUUGAGCAAAUGAAGCAGGACCUAGCCAAUCUUAAAGUAACAGCAAAUAAUCUUGAAAAGCAGCGACAGUCCUGCACUAAACCACAAGCGUCUCCUGCGUCUAAGUCGUCGGGCAAGAAAGUGGCUGUGGAGAACGAAGAAGACUGGUCAACAGCAAAAAAGCAGUGGGAGCAUUUCAAACGCUACGAAGGUGCAGACAAUAAAGCUCUUGAUGAUUUGAUGAGCAUGAUUGGCUUGGAAGACGUUAAGGACAAGUUCCUUGCUAUCAAGUUAGAGGUGGAUACUGCUGUGCGUCAAGGUCUCGAUAUGUCGAGCAAACGCUUCGGGGCCUCUUUGUUAGGCAAUCCUGGAACUGGCAAAACCACUGUCGCUCGGCUCUAUGCCAAGUUCCUCACUUCUGUCGGAGCUUUGCCUGGGAGUCAAUUUAUCGAGACAACAGGUGCAGCUCUCGCAAAUGAAGGAGUGCCGGGCUGCAUAAAGAAGCUAGAGGAUAUUCAGAAUAAUGGUGGUGGUGCUUUAUUCAUUGAUGAAGCAUACCAGCUAGCAUCUGGUGGUAACUUUGGAGGAACUGCUGUUCUUGACUUCAUUCUCGCAGAAGUGGAAAACUUGACGGGAAAGGUCGUCUUCAUUCUCGCUGGAUACAACAAACAGAUGGAAAAAUUCUUUGCACAUAACCCUGGCUUUCCAAGUCGCUUUCCGCACGAAUUUCAAUUCAAGGACUACGAAGACGACGAGUUACUGCAGAUACUGGCCCAUAAAAUGAACAAGAGAUAUGAAAACAGAAUGGACGUCGAAGAUGGGCCAGGUGGUCUCUUUUCCCGCAUUGUUGCCCGGCGCGUUGGUCGAGGACGAGGACGAGAGGGGUUCGGCAAUGCGCGCGAGAUGGAAAAUACUCUCUCCAAAAUUGCAAGCAGACAAGCAGUCCGAAUCUCGAAAGAGAGGCGUGCCGGGAAAAAACCAGACGACUUCUUGUUCACGAGUGCUGAUCUCCUCGGCCCUGAGCCUACUGAAGCGCUGAACAACUCCGAGGCUUGGAAACAGCUUCAGAAUCUCAUUGGCCUGUCAGCUGUCAAGAAAACAAUACAGGCCUUGUUCGGCACCGUUCAGUUCAACUAUCAGCGCGAGCUGGACGAGGCGCCUCUAAUCGAGUAUUCCCUCAACAAAGUGUUCCUUGGAUCCCCUGGCACGGGUAAAACGACUGUUGCGAAGAUGUACGGACAGGUUCUGGCGGAUCUUGGGUUCCUAUCAAAUGGCGAAGUUGUUGUAAAGAACCCUUCCGACUUCGUUGGCAACGUCCUUGGCGCAUCCGAGUCUACAACUAAAGGGAUCCUUGCCUCCACGGUAGGCAAAGUUCUCCUAAUAGACGAAGCAUACGGCUUGUGUGGUUCCUUGGGUGAAUCUUCUACUAGCGAUCCUUACAAGACUGCAGUGAUUGACACCAUAGUGGCCGAGGUACAGAGUGUGCCAGGUGAUGAUCGAUGUGUUUUACUCGCAGGUUACAAGGAGCAGAUGGAAGAGAUGUUCCAGAAGGUCAAUCCUGGUCUUAGUAGGAGAUUCCCCCUUGCCUCCGCAUUUGUGUUUGAAGAUUUCGACGACGGAGAAAUGGCAAAGAUCUUUGACCUCAAGCUUGGGAAAUUAGCAUUCAAGACGACAGACCUAGGCAAACGUGUUGCGAUGGAUGUGCUACGACGGGCUCGCAAUCGACCUAACUUUGGUAACGCAGGUGAAGUUGAUAUUCUCCUUGAUCAUGCCAAAGCUAGACAGCAGCAAAGGCUGAAUGAGGGGAACGGUGGUGAUGACCGCUCGCGCUUCGAGCCCAUUGACUUUGACGAAGACUUCGAUCGAGGCGAACGUGCAGAUACAAAUGUCCAUCUGCUCUUCAAAGGCGUAAUUGGUUGUGAGACCAUCAUAUCUCAGCUCGAAGGCUACCAAAAUGCGGCGCGAGAGCUAAAAUCAAUGGAUAUGGAUCCUAGGGAAGAGAUUCCAUUCAACUUUCUUUUCCGUGGCCCACCUGGUACUGGAAAAACUUCAACUGCGCGCAAAAUGGGCAAAGUCUUUUACGAUAUGGGAUUUCUUGCUAAAGCAGAUGUUGUCGAGUGCUCCGCCACCGAACUGGUAGGAUCCUAUGUCGGCCAAACUGGACCCAAGGUACAAAAGGUCCUUGAGAAUGCAUUAGGCAGAGUCCUUUUCAUCGACGAAGCUUAUCGCCUUGCAGGGGAUGGAUUCGCCAAGGAAGCAAUGGAUGAAAUCGUGGAUUGCCUGACGAAGUUGAAAUAUGCUCAAAAGCUUAUUGUCAUUCUAGCUGGUUAUGACGAUGAUAUAAACCGUUUGAUGGCGCAAAAUCCUGGUCUCACAAGUCGCUUUCCAGAAGCCAUAAUCUUUCGUGGACUAGAGCCUACUGACUGCCUCGACCUACUAAUUCAGCUGCUAAGAGGCCGUCAACUCGACAUGCGAAAGAAAAAGAAAGACCUAGACUUGUCAGCCUUGGAGGUUCCCGCUCCAGCCUUCAAGCAGGAAACACUAAACCAAUUCGAAACCCUCAGCAGGAUCGCAAAUUGGGCCAAUGCCCGUGACGUGCAAACAAUCGCCAAGGGCAUAUUUGGCCUGCUUUUGAAAGCUGGUGCUAUGAAGGAAACCAUUGCCGUCGUCACGGAGGAUCAUGUUCGCACCGUCCUCGACUCCAUGAUCUCUGAGCGUAACCAGAGGCAAGACGCAACGAACAUUCGACCUAACUCUCUCCACAGUGAUAUGAUGGCUCAUAUCCAAGCUAUCCAGGCACCCCCACCUCCUCGGACAUCUGCUUCUAGUAGCUCCGCUAUGAACACUUCGGAGGCUGAGACUCCUCAACAAUUAGCAAAGGAUGUGCCACUAGCAGCCCCGGCAAACGAAACCAAGCGUGACUCUGGCGUUAGCGACGUUGUCUGGGAACAACUCCAGCGUGACAAACAAGCAGCCGAGAAGAAGGAAGAGCAAUACGAGAAACUCAUCAAAGCAAGCGCUGAUGCAGCAAAUACUACCAAAAUUCUCCAGCAGAGAGAGCACGCGUCUGAACAAGCCUUUCAGCAAGCCAUUAAGCACAAUAAAGACCAGUCUAUCUUACAAGAAGCCAAGCGGCUUCGUGAGGAGGCUCGUCUUCAGCAUGAGAAGGAACGUCGUGCUCAAGAUGAGCUUUUUGCCGAGUUAGAGAGACAGCGCAAGGCGGUGGAAGAAGAGCGAAGGAAGGAGGCGAAGGCACAGCAGAAAUUGAGGACUAUAGGAAUUUGUCCUGCCGGCUUCAGAUGGAUUAAACAGAAUGGCGGCUACAGGUGUUCGGCUGGCGGUCACUUCGUUACGGACUCGCAGUUAGGGCUAUAAGGUAGGAAGAUGGAUCAAAGGCACAGGCGGUUGUCCUUCGAGAUUUGGGAAACGCGGUCUAGAUGCUAGCAGAUUCCUGACAAAGAGUUCGAUCACACAUAGUUUAAACUUUUGGACGGCACA